CGUCUCGAUCUUCCGGAGGGCCCAGUUACAGCGAGCAGCCAGCCUAGAGCACUUGAUUUGCAAUAGGCUAGGUGUGUAACUAGACGCUUCCAUGGACUGCUGGCCAAUGACGUCGGCUAAAGUGGGGCCCUUGCGUAAACAUCCUCUGGGUUGAUUAUCGACACGCCCACCACUUGGCCCGCUCAUCCCGGCCUACUUAAGCGUUUGAGUCCCUCGAUUUUCGCCACCAUCCAACGUUCCUAGAUUCAACCUUAACACUCGACUAUGAUAGCUGCUCAUCGAUAUAUUUCAGUAGACGAUCAGCAAAACAUCAACUCUCCUCACUACAUCAACAUCAACAACAGAACAAACAACAACACUACUACCGCUACUAGUACAGCAACUCUUACACAGUCGUCACCAAGCCAUACCACCACCACGCUCGACACGCUGGAGCCGACACUAGACUUGCAAAUCGACCAGUGGGCUGCCUCACAACCAGACUUGGGAAACUGGGACUUCCUUGACGCCGAAUCCAGAGACUUGGACGACGCAGCCAUGCAGUCGGACGCUGGUGGCAUCUUCACCCAGUUUGCUCCAGGCCGCUCCCACCAGCGCGAGUCUUCGCUCUCCUCCAUGGGUUCCAUCGGCCCUGCUUCGCCAUACGCACAAAACUCCUCGAACCCACACAUCGCCAUCACCGACGUCCCCAUCGACGGCCUCCACGACGUACAGGUCGCCGACAUGACGGCAAACCAGGGCGCUGCCUUUUACUAUCCCGGUGCCAAGGCCGCGGCCGCCUUUGAUGCCUUCCACGACCUUGAAGGCGUCCAGGACUUUAGCUUUGCCGCUCCGACAACUAUCAACGGCAAGGCCAGAUUUGAUCGCAGCCUUUUACCAGCACCUGAGAUGGGCCACCGCCAAAAACGCUCCCAUCCAGCUUCAGCAGCCAGCUCCGCCGCCGGUGACUCACCCAUGACACCGAUGCCUGGUGAAGGUGAACAGGCAGGCAAGCGAAGAAGAGCUGCCUACGGAAACGUUCCCAAGUUGGAACGGUCAAUCACCGACGUGUACGGCGAUGAGCUCUACAGCCCCAACUUCACCAUUAUUUCUUCAUCGCCAACCAUGUCUCAUACAGCCACGUCGCCCAGCAGCCAAAUUUUUAACCAGUGCAUCAGCGCUGCUGCCAACCAGCAUCUGAGCACGGGACAAUCGCCAUCAUCUUCAACGUCUCGCCUGUCACCCUACCAAGCCAUGUCUCCAUUUGCGGCACCAACACAGCUGGGGUCUACUCAGCAGGCCAACAUGCUUAGGCAGCAACAGCAACAGCAGCAGUCAAACUUUUCUCUGCAGGGCUCCGCUGACAACAUGGAUACUCCAAAGACGAUAUCGCCCAAGGAUGCCUUGCUUGACUUUAACGAUGACGGCAACAACUUUCCACUCUUCUCUCAGCCAUCAUCAGCAUCGUUUGACUUUGGCCAGCUUGGAAACUUGAUGAUGCCUGCCAGACUGGAUGACUUUACCAACUCUCAAGUCUCCUAUGACAACCGCAUCCCUCAGCAGUAUCCCUUUGUUCCACGCCCUACAGACGAGCAGCGCCAUCCCAUCUCACUUCCUUUGGCGCCAGCACCCGCUCCUGUUACCGCACCACGCAAGUCUGUAGCGUCAGAGGCUUCUAUUACAAAGCCAGCCAACGUUGCUGCCGAUGGAGGCACAUACACAUGCACAUAUCACGGAUGCACGCUCCGUUUUGAGAGCCCUGCACUGCUUCAGAAGCACAAGCGUGAGGGCCAUCGCCAGCAACAGAACGGGCAUGGUUCCAGCGUCCAGGAAAACAGCAACGUACCCGGCGCUCUCAACACUCAGGCUGGGCCUCAUCGCUGCGACCGCAUCAACCCCAGCACCGGCAAGCCGUGUCAGUCCAUCUUCUCGAGACCUUACGAUCUCACCCGCCAUGAAGAUACGAUUCACAACGCACGCAAGAUGAAGGUCCGCUGCGACCUGUGCACCGAGGAAAAGUCCUUCAGCCGUGCCGACGCUCUCACCAGACACUACCGUGUCUGCCACCCUGAGGUCGACCUUCCCGGCAAGCAGCGUCGACGAGCUGUCUAAGCCGCUGACUCUGGUGGCUUCUCGAAAAUCCAGGGUCCUCCCCCCAGCACCCGUUGGGCGUGGGGCUACGAAGAACUGUCUGUCUUUGACGACUUGGGAUGCGAGGGGGGGACUGGUUUGUUGGCCAUCGGACCAAUGGAUGGCCGACAAGUGGGUCCGCAUUUGCUGCAGGGUCCAGAGAAAGAUAUGCCGGUGACGUCACUGGCAAGGUCUAUGACCCACCCUCCCUCGCCCAACUGACAUCACUCACACGCUCACUACGCAGCAUCGCCUGGGCGGCCUGCCGUUUUGGCAGUGUCGUACCCUGCCGUGGGAGAUGAACCUUGAUUGGGCGCUGCGGAUGUGUGGCUUGUUGCUUCUUGAAACAAGAGCCGGAAUCCAUGGUGUUACCGUUGCGGCAAUUAUCUUGGCUGGUCCGCGUCUCAUGCAACUCACUGCCACCUCAAUAUGAGGUAUGAGGUAGAGGGACGCAAUGGGCUCUUCCGCGGAUCGUUUGGACCAGAGAGAGAGCACUGAUGGCUGCCGCACUUUGGACUGCAUCAGUAGCACCGCUUGGCACCACCACUACCACCACCAAACCCCGCUCAAACCGAUUACUUGCCCUUGCGUCAUUGGCUGCGUCGUACUUUUUGCAACGUCAAAGAUUCUUUCCUCUCUAUGCUCCUUGAGUCGGCUGCAUGGCAUGGCGUGCCUGCCAGCUUGUUUCUAUUUUCUCUCUCACGUUGAACCGCUUGCUUGUCUUUUAAUGGCUUGACAUCCACCUUUCACACCCCCCCCUCUUCCCCUCGAAAUAUUAUACGCAGCGUCCUUGUUUCUUUUUUGGAGCGCCGAUCGCUCUUUUUCGGAUCGGCAGUAAUGAUAUAGCGAUUUGGUACCUUUUCCUAGUCUUGUCUUUUUCUUCUUGGUAUUUUAUGCAUGGCGUUACACGGGGUUGCAUAACGCGCAAGACGCGUACAGGUAUUGAGGCUGGGCUUUAUAGACAAAACAACGA